CCAUCUUUGCACUAGACAGAGUUGUGCAGAUGGAGAUGCAAGAGCCAGUGCAUCGAGUGUGGGGAUGACUGUGAGAAGAUAGUGUUCGGUUCUGAAGAAUGGGGAAAUGGGGCGGAGAAGAGUUUUGGGAACAUGAUAAGCUGCAUAAAAAGAUGUGUUUUAAGAGCAGAGACCUGAACAUCUUCUCCGGUCUGCAGGUAUCUGCGAACAUGAAGAAGCUGCCACUGAAUAUCGCCCUCUUCCUGCUGCAGAUUGGUUAUGGGUCCACUGCGCCCCUGAACCAGGCUAAUGUUGUCAGCUGCAUAGAUACCUGUCACCCUCAUGACUGCUCGGAUAUGGCUGCCCAGGGUCUGACCUCGGACGGUGUGUACCUGAUAUAUCCUGGUGGUGCGAACGCUCCUCCGGUACCUGUGUACUGUGACAUGAGCAGCGCUGGAGGACCCUGGACGGUCUUUCAGAAGAGGUUUGAUGGUGGCGUGGACUUCUAUCGGGGUUGGGAAGACUAUGAGUCUGGCUUUGGACUAGCAUCUGGAGAAUACUGGCUGGGUUUGCAGAACAUUUUCCUCCUGACCCAGAAGAAGUCGUAUCGUCUGCGCAUCGACCUGGAGGACUUUGAGAACGACACUCGCCACGUGACUUAUGACUCCUUCUCCCUCUCACCUCUAGCAGUCAACCCUGAUGAGGACGGGUACAAACUGCAUAUCGAUGGAUUUAAGGAAGGAGAUCCAACAAGACGGGCUGGAAAUUCUAUACUAGGCCAUAACCAGUUCAAAUUUUCAACCCAUGACCACGAUAGAGACAUGUAUGUCGGUAACUGUGCAGUGAUGUAUCAUGGAGCCUUCUGGUACAACAAAUGUCAUGGGGCCAAUCUUAAUGGGAAAUAUCAAAAUGGUGUGACCACGGAGUAUGCCACCGGUGUUGUAUGGGCCUCAUGGAAAGGGGCUUACUAUUCCCUGAAGAGGACUGAGAUGAAGAUUUCCCCAACAUCUAGAGAAAGCAGCAAACAGCAACUGUGACGACAAUCCCCCCGCAUAACAUAUGAGCGGACCAGAUUACUGUGUUAUUAGUCCUGAUGGUAUUUGGUUUUGUAACAAUGUAGCAUCAUGAGGGAGCU